AUGGUCAUGUCUAGCUUUACUCCAUUGAAUAAGUCCUUGCUAAGGACAACCCAAUUCAAAUGUCUUCGUCGUCUUUACCAUCCUGCUUCCAAUGAAUAUGUCAAUCCUACCACGAUCAGUCCCUUAACCUAUUCCAUGGACUCAAUCCAAUCAAAAAUCUUGUCCCAUUCUUUGAAGGAAUAUGUCCCUACGUCAGGGUUCAACGAGAAAUCGAUACUCAAAUCAAUCAAUGACUUAGGCUAUUCUUCCUCGAUGAUGUCCGUCAUAGGUGCAUCAAAUUCUCCAUCCUUUGCUCAUUCAUCACCUGCUGUCUUAGAGUUGAUCAAAUACAAUCUAGUCUCAAAGAGAAUUGAACUCACUAAGGAUACCAACGACAAUACAACGACCACAUUGAAAGAACUACUCUUGAAAAGAUUGGAAAUGGAUAUUCCAAUAAGCAGUCAACUCAGAGGUUUAUUCGCUCAAUUGGCUACACCGGGGAAAUUUAUGUUCGAUGUUUCAUUACCUGAAUUAUUCCAACUAGCUGAUGACAUGAUAUUCUUUUCCAACGAGAAAGAUCAUCAUGAUAUGGCUUGGUAUUCAAAGAGACUCGCUGUCUCAAUGGCUUAUGUGACAAGUAAAAUGUUUAUGAUUCAGGACACUUCGAAUAAUUUCCAAAUGACAAUGGAUUUUGCUUCUGAUAAAGUAGAUCGUGUAAUGAAUUUAGGUGAAUAUUACAAUAACGUUGAAGAAUACGCUUGGUUUACAUUAAUGAAUUCUAUCAAUUUAGUCAAAUCACAAUUCUCCAGAAUGUAG